CUGUAGGUCUCGUCGGUCUCCCAGGAGGGGAAUCAGCAUCACUGCUGCACAACAGGUGGGAGGAACCUGUCGCCACACCCGCACUGUCAUCAGUUCAUGGACAUUAUGGAUAUGCUGUACUUCUCUGUCGGGAACUUGGCUCACUAGAAAACGUUGAGUUUUGCAACUCAACUGCAAGCGCUACGGAGCACUAUUUCUCGCUUUGACAGAUACAGCAGUAAAACCAGAAGUCACCAUCCAGUCUGUAAGGCAGACCAGUAGUACACAACCAGCCAUGCUGAUAUGCAGCGCUUAUGACUUUUACCCCAAAUUCAUUAAAAUGACCUGGAUGAGAGACGAUGAGGUGAUGACUUCUGACGUGACCUCGAUUGAAGAGAUGGCUGAUGGAGACUGGUAUUAUCAGAACCACUCACACCUGGAAUACUUCCCCAAACCUGGAGAGAAGAUCACCUGUGUGGUGGAGCAUGCCAGCUCCAAUAAACCCAUGAUCUAUCACUGGGAUUCCUCUCUAUCUGAAUCCGACAGAAUUGAUCUCUUUAUUGGAGCUGCAGGGUUUGUGUUGGGCAUCAUUAUGACAGUUGGAGGACUGACCUACUAUAUAAAAAAAUGUACAGUGUGUGUGGAAUUGUUUAAUUUUUGCGAGAGGUUUAGGCAAACACGGUUCCAGAGAAAAUGUGUGAGAUCUCACUUCCUCCUGCUCCCCUGUCCUGGCUAAUCCAAACACAACUUCAGAGGAAGAGACGCUCCACAUGUGGCUGCAUGAAAGGAAACGCCGAACCUCGGGUGAAAAGACAACAUACGAAGAAAAAUAUCACAUCUCUCCAUCUCAUCCCGCACAGUUCCUCUGAAUAAAGAUCCGCUUUCCCCAUAAAGACAUGGCAGUUAUGCUGUUUAUCAUAACAAUGUCUUAUGUUAUCAUAUUUUCCAGUGGAGAGAAAGUCUGUUGUGUGCAGGGGGACAACAGACUAGCACGAAGAACUAGCAAUAAGCAAAGACAUAAACAAAAUCUGCUUUUGUCACACAAAGGUAUCAUAUAGCUUCAGGAAGUUUGGAACCUGUGAUAGUUCACCCAAAAAUGAAGAUAUUUUGAAGAAUGUUGUUAAGUGAUGUUGGUACCCGUUGACUGGUGGUACAGUUAACAACAUUCUUUAAAAGAUCUUCUUUUGUGUUUUGCGGGAGUCAUACAGGUAUGAAAUGACAAGAGGGAAAUUAAAUGAUGACAGAAUUUUUGGGUGAACUAUCCCUUUAGAGACGCAUUGAACACUUUUGUUACA